AUGGCUUCAAAAUGUUAUCUACUUGUUCUUCUCUCUGCUCUUGCCUGCACGGCUGCCAUCGACGCUAGGGAGCUUGCCGCCGGAUCAAAGGGAUAUUUGGACGACGAAAAGACGUUCUUUCCCUAUCCCGGAUUUGGCGGAGGCGGUUAUGGUGGUGGUGGCGGCUUUGGUGGUGGUUCUGGGGGUGGCAUUGGCGGCGGUGGAGGGAUCGGAGGUGGUGGUGGCGGUGGAUAUGGAGGAGGAAUUGGUGGUGGUUCUGGAUUUGGAGGAGGAUCUGGUGGUGGUUUUGGUGGUGGGUCUGGCUUAGGUGGGGGUGGUGGUGGAGGAGGGGGUUAUGGAGGUGGCGGUGGAUUGGGUGGUGGGAUUGGUGGUGGAUUUGGCGGAGGGUCUGGUGGUGGAAUAGGAGGUGGAUUUCCUUAA